AUGUCUCGCGGAAGGCCGUCUGCAUCGACUAUUAUUGUUAAUAAUACUCAACCAACAUAUGAUUUGUUACUAUUUGAAUUGAAUCACCGAGAUUUUGUGGAAAUAACAGUGACCACGCAAGAUACGGUCAAUUGGUUGGCUCAAUAUCAGCUAAUCAAAAAUUCGAUGAAAUGCGAAAACUGCAGCACGGAUUGCCGUCUUCUUUCAGACAAAUCCCGACUCGACAAAUUAAAGUGGAAAUGUAAAACAUGCAAUUUCUCAAAAUCGAUUCGAGAUGGCAGCUUUUUCUCACAUAGUCAUCUUGAAUUGAAGAAAAUUUUGGACUAUAUCUAUUUUUGGGCACUCAAUUCAGAAACGAUUAUCUGCAGCAAAGAAUCUCGAUCAGACUUUAAAAAAACAUCAAUUGAUUGGGGCAACUUUUUACGUGAUGUAUGUGUAAAGUGGGUCGAGGACCAUCCUUGUUCUCUCGGUGGAAUUAACCCAGAAACUAUGUUGCCAAUUGUCGUAGAAGUGGAUGAAACAAAAUAUUUUCAUCGAAAAUACGCAAGAGGUACCUGGCACGAAGGGCAUUGGGUUGUUGGUGGAAAAGAGAGGGGCAACCCUAGGAAUAUUUUUCUGGUCGAAGUUCCUGAUCGGAGUCGAGACAGGCUGAUUCCAAUAAUCCAAACUCAUGUACAGACCGGAUCGAUUAUCUGUACGGAUUAUUGGCCAGCCUACAAUAGAAUCGAAUUGUAG